AUGGGCGCGUCAUCUAAAGCGGAUCGAUUGAAGGAAGUGAAAGUUAAGCCACCGGAUAAAAGUGCUGCUGUCUGGUACGAUAGGACUGAAGUGGAUGUGAAAGAUCUAGUUCCCCCUGGGGUCAUUGAUCAGUCCUCAGCUACGAUUUAUAAAGCUCGUCGUAAGCCAAGUGCUUCUGGAGCUGUUGCUUCGGGGAUUGGAAAAGCUGAAUGGAAAAUGGAGGGGAAAGCUUUCAGAGUGAAGAACAGAGCUCGGAAAAUUGUGGAUGGGAUAUCACCGAUGGAUGCAAAGGAAUACUACACUGAAGAAGCUAAUGAGGAGGAAACGGAAGAUGACUCGGAGUCUGUGUCGGCCUGGGAGUCGGAUUCUAAUAUUUCUAUUCCUGGAAAUGAUAGCAAUAUGAAGAGGUUGAAGGAUGGGGGUUCUGGUGAGCUGAAGACUAUUGGAGUUCAAGUUGUCUCUAUUCCUUCAGGUAAUACUGCUAAUUUGUUGAAAAAUUGGGAUGGUUCUAAGGUGAAUGAUGAAUUAUUGAGCCCUAGUUCGGAAUUGAAGAGUGUUACUAGUGAAAUGAUUAGGGUGAAUCCUAACAUUGUUGUGAUUGAUAUCAAUAAACCUGUAUGCCCUGAUUUGGUUGAUGAUGAAGCUGAGAAGUCUAGAUCUAAUGGUGAUAAGAAGGUUAUCAGUAAUGAAGAAUUUAUUCCGGGAGUUGGCUUUCAAUUUCUUAAUGAGUUGAAGGUGGAAACACCUAAGAGGAAGGAUUUAGAUAGUAAGUUGAAUCAGGAAAUGGAUGUCGAUAUGUCAAAUUUGAAUAAGCAAGUUAAUGAGGAAGGAGAUGAUUCUGAAGAUGAUGGUUCUUCUGAAGAGGAUGGGGAAGAUGAAUCUAGUGAGGAUGAGUCUAGUGAAGAUGAGGAAAUUGUGAUGGAAGAGGAGGUUAAUACUAAGAUGAGUAAAGAGCCUAGUUUAAAGAUGAAGUCUGGUACUGUUAUUAAUAGUAUUAAUAUGCUUCCUUCUAUUUCGGGUGAUGCUAAUAGUUGUAAAAAGGUGGAUGGUGAUAGUCAGGGGAACUUGUUGAACUCUUAUGCAGGUGUGUUAAAAGGUAAUAGACAUAAGGGUAAGAUUGAUGUCAAGUUUAUUCCAGGGGAAAAAGGCAAAGAAGAAGGACCUGUUAUUAUCCCGAUUGAGAAUUUAAAGAAAGCGAGUAUUCCAUAUACUAAUACUUUAUAUGGGUAUAUGAUUGAUAAGAAGUUAGCGUUUCCUGUGAUUCAGCAAGAGGUUAGAAGGCUAUGGAAGAAUGUGGGUCUUGAAGAGAUAUUCAUGAACAUUAAAGGGUUUUUCUUUUUUAAAUUUAGUGAUGAGCAGGGGAUGUUAUCUAUAUUGGAGGGAAGCCCAUGGUUGAUGUUCAAUAAUAUGCCAUUAUUUCUUCAAAGGUGGAGACCAGGUCUGAAAUUAACCAAGAAUAGUCAUGAUAAAAUUCCGGUGUGGAUCAAAAUCUUUGAUUUACCUUUGGAAGUAUGGAGUGGAGAGAAUUUGUGUAUUAUAGCGAGUAAGUUGGGGGUGCCUCUCGCUUUUGAUUCUUUUACUGAGGAGAUGUGUUUGGAACACAAGGGUAGAAACGCUUAUGCUCGAAUUCUUGUUGAAAUGGCGGCUGAUAAGGAAUGGAUGAGGAAAAUUGAGGUUUCUAUUGGGAUUUUGUUACUAAUUCUGCUGUGGUUCAGAGUUUUGAUGUGGAGUAUGCUUGGAUGCCUUCUAGAUGUAAUCACUGUAAGGGGAAAUAAUUUCAGAGGCAAUUAUGGGAAUAGAGGUGGUAAUGGAAGGGGACAGAAUGGGAAUUGGAAUAAUAAAGGGGUGGGUCAUUGGAAUUUGGAAAAGAAUAGAAGAUAUGAGAAGUUUGUUAAUGGUCAGGCUUUGGUUGGUAAUCAGGGGAAAAUGGAGAAUAAGAUGCAGGGGAAUGCUAUAAAGGAUGAUAACAUAAAAGUGGGUGUUAACAAGAGUCUAGAAAAUAAGACUGUUUCUAGUGAUGGUUGCAGUAUUAAAAAUAGUUUUGAAAUCCUGGGAAGGAUUGAUGAGGAAGUUAUGGAUAGAAUAGAAGAGGAUGCUAAGGGAGGCAAAGUUGAUGGUUAUCAGGAAGGUGAUUGUGUUGAUUAUUCUUCUGAUGUUGUUGGAACAAUGAAUAAUAAGUUGGAUCCUUCUAAGUUUGUUGGGAAGGGUAAUGUAGGGAAUGAAAGUAAUAAAAUGAAGAAUAGUAUGAUGGUUCAGGGGAAUAGUAAAAGCAAAGAUGGGAUUUCUCAGGCAUUUGAGGAGAAGGAGGUUAUUGAUGUUAUUAGGAGUAAUAACCUUGGUAUAUGUGCUGUGGUGGAGUCUCAUGUCAAGGUCUUAAAUCUUAAGAAUGUUUGUGCUAAGACCUUUGGUCAAUGGGAUUGGGUUUCUAAUAAUAGUAGCUGUGAGGCUGGAACUAGAAUAAUUGUUGGAUGGAAUCCAAGACUUUUUGAUGUGAUGCUGAUUUCUCAGUCUAGACAAGUUAUUCACUGUUAUGUUAGAUUCUGUGAUUCCAAUUAUAACAUGUAUUUGUCUUUUAUAUAUGUUGCUUCGAAUUAUCUUGAGAGAAGGUUAUUAUGGGAUAAUUUGAAGAAACAUAGUUUGGUUGUUAAGAAGGAAGCAUGGGGAAUAUUAGGUGAUUUUAAUGUUGCUUUAAAACCAUCAGAAUAUUCUGAAGGUUGUUCCAAAACGCCUAAAGGAGUUGAUGAUUUUAUUGACUGUAUAAACUUUAUUGAAGUUGAGGAUCUGAAUUCCUCUGGGUUUCAGUUUACUUGGAAUAAAACUCCUGCUGGGAAUAAGGGCCUUUUGAAGAAGUUAGAUAGGGUGAUGGCCAAUUUGAAAUUUGUUUCGGAUCAUCCUUUAGCUCAUGCUGUUUUUAAACCUUAUAGGGUGUCGGAUCAUUGUCCUGCUAUUUUAAAUGUUCCUGUUGGCAAAUUGAGAUGGAAACCUUCUUUUAGGUUUGCUAAUUUUAUCACUGAAAAGGUGGAGUUCUUACCCCUGGUUAAGGAAGUUUGGGAUGCUAAUAUUGAAGGUUUUUUUAUGUUCAAAGUGUGCCAAAAGUUGAAGAUUCUUAAAAAGCAUUGUAGGGAGCUUUGCAAUAAGCACAGGGGUUCUGGGAAGAGAAUCCAAAUGUUAAGAAAGGAGUUGGAAAGUAAACAAUCUGAAAUUGAUCUUAAUCCUUUUGAUUGUAAGAUUAGGGAGGAGCAUACUAAUAUUCUUUUUGAUUUUAAUGUUGCUUGUAAUGAUGAAGAAAAGCUUCUUUUCCAGAGAUCUAAGAUAAAUUGGUUACAGGAAGGGGACAAUAAUACAAAGUUUUUUCAUAGAGUUGUGAAGAGCAGGGGCAAUAGAAAUCGUAUUCUGAUGGUUAUUGAUGAAGAUGGAAGAUGGGUUAGUGGGAAGGCUAUGAAGGAUAAAUUUGUUACUCAUUUCAAUAAGUUUUUGGGUUGUAAAGAUGUUACUGAGUUUUCGUGUUUAAAUGAUGGUUUCUUUCAUAAUAAAUUGGAUAGUAGGGUGGCUGCUAAUAUGAUUAGAGUGGUGACUGAUGAAGAAAUCAAAGUGGCGAUGUUUGAUAUUGAUGAAAAUCGUGCCCCUGGACCUGAUGGGUACUCCUCCAAAUUUUUUAAAAGUUCUUGGAACAUUGUUGGGCCGGAGGUGUGUAAAGCUGUGAGGGAAUUUUUUUGGACUGGUAAAUUGUUGAAGGGGAUUAAUGCUACGAGAAUAGUGUUGGUUCCUAAAGUGGAGUUCCCGAGGAAAGUUUCUGAUUUCCGUCCUAUAGCCUGCUGUAACACUUUAUAUAAGUGUAUUAGUAAGAUUAUAGUGAACAUAAUUAGAAAUAGUUUGGGUGAUAUUGUGAGCAAAAAUCAAUCAGCUUUCAUUCCUGGAAGAUCUAUUGUGGAUAAUAUUCUCCUUGCUCAGGAGCUAAUGGUGGGGUAUAAAAAUAAGAGGGGAGUUCCCAAAUGCACCAUAAAGAUUGAUAUUCAAAAGGCAUAUGAUACGGUGGAUUGGAAUUUUCUUAGUAGAAUUCUGCAGGGGUUUGGUUUUCAUACGAUAAUGAUUCAGUGGAUUAUGGCUUGUGUUUCUACUCCUUGGUUCAUGCUUAACUUUAAUGGUGAAGAUCAUGGGUAUUUUGAAGGAAAGAGGGGUCUUAGGCAGGGUGAUCCUCUAUCUCCUUACCUAUUUACUAUAGUUAUGGAGGUGUUUAAUAUCAUCCUUUUGAAGAAAAUUGAAGCUGGCCAGAAUUUUAAGUUUCAUAGUAAGUGUAUGUCCCUUAAAAUUACUCAUUUAUGCUUUGCUGAUGAUUUGUUAGUAUUUUCUUAUGGAAAUGGGAAUUCUGCUAGAGUUAUAAGGGAUGCUCUUGAUGAGUUCAAAAAAGUUUCAGGGUUGAAGGUGAGCAUGGAAAAAAGCCAGAUUUUCUUCAGUUGUCUUAAACCCAAUAUGAGAAGGAUUAUCUUGGGCAUUCUUCCUUUUGAUAUUGGGAGAUUUCCUUUUAAGUGUUUGGGAAUUCCUAUGUGUGUUACAAAAUUAUUUGAUAGAGAUUGUAAACAGCUUAUUGAGAAGAUUAAGAUGAGAAUUUUCAAUUGGAAAUGCAAGGCUUUAUCGUUUGCUGGAAGGCUGCAGCUCAUUAAUUCUGUUUUGACAUCUAUUCAUGUGUAUUGGGCUUCGAUUUUUAAAAUUCCCAUUGCUACUAUUAAAGAGAUUGAAAAUCUUUGUAGAAGUUUCUUGUGGGCGAAUGGUGAGGUAGUCAAAGGGAAAGCUAAAGUCAAGUGGAAUGAUAUUUGUAAGCCGAAAAUUUAUGGUGGUUUAGGAGUGAAGAAUUUAAGGAAAUGGAAUGAUGCUUUGUUAGCUAAACAUGUGUGGAAUGUGAUUAAUAGCAAAAAUUCUCUGUGGGUUCAGUGGGUGAAAUCCAAUUACAUUGGAAACAGGAAUUUUUGGGAUAUUUUGCAGAAGAAGAGUAUGAGCUGGACUUGGAAGAGGUUCCUUGAGGUGAGAAAAUUUGUUAGGCCCCAUGUUGUUUCGUGUGUGGGAAACGGGAUGAAUAGUUCUCUCUGGCAUGAUUGGUGGCACCCAAUUGGUAUUUUAUGUUCUAUUAUAUCUAGAAGAGAUUGGGUUAGCAAUGGGUUUAGUGAUUCUUCCUUGGUCAGUGAUGUUCUAGUCUAUGAUUGCUAUACUUGGCCGGUUGAGUGGGUUAAUAUAUUCCCUGGAUUGAAGGAUGCUCCCAUGUUUUGUAUUGAGCCUAAUCUGAGGGAUAUUGCAGGUUGGAGAGAUAAGAAAGGAAUAUGUAAACAAUUUUCAUGCAAACAGGUGUGGUGUGAUAUAAAUAAUUUUGGAGACCAAGUUCCUUGGCAUGAUAUUGUUUGGUAUGGUAAUUGCAUUCCUCGAAAUUCGUUUAUUUUGUGGAUGGCUAUUUUGAAUAGAUUGAAGACCCAGGAUCGUGCAGAGGUUGGGAAGUUUCUGUUUCUUGGUUGGUGGCUAUUGGUUUUGGGUUGGCAUAGAAGGAUGUUUAACUUUGGUGAUCUUAAUGCUGUGGAUUGGUGGGGGCAUUUUUGGAAUAAGUUUCUUUACAAAGGAAUUGACGGAUUGUGUUACUGGUUUGAGAGUUUGCUCUCAAAUCAUGUGACUUGUACCUAUGGGAUUUUCUGUUUGGAUAUGAUCUUUAUUGAGAUUAUCCAAAUGGAGAAUCCUAGAUAUGUGAUUGAUGCCAUGUCUAGUAUGAAACUUGUUCUGAUUUCUUGGAGUUUUGGUGUUAGUUUGUUGUGGUUUGGCUUGUGCUUGAUAUCCAGGAAUUUUUUGCAAAGGUCGGGUUUGGAUCAUGUUUGCAAGCAGAUGGAGUCUUUUCUGUUGAAGACUAAGUGGAGGAUUGAUGAGAGGAGAAGUGACAGAAGAUGCGGGAUUGAUAAAUUGAUGGGGGAGUAUUGUGGUUUUGUUGGGUUUUUUCUUAAAGCUUGGCCUUCGGACUGUGGGUUUUUUUAA